ACUAGGAUCGUUACGGUGACCAUGGCCCGAGAUUAAGGCUAAACGUAAUAGUGUCUGGGCGGCUAGCACUGUCGCCUCGCACCUCCUGGCGGUUAGCACUGUCGCCUCGCACCUCCAGGGUCCGGGUUCGAUUCCCGUCUCUGUGUGCAUGGAUUGGCACUCUGUCCAUGGUGUACCCCACAGAUAUAUAUAUACUGACUAGGUGUCGCCUUGGGCCUCUAAGCAUACGUCAACAUCGCCGCCAUCUUGGGUCGGGGAUCUGAGGGAAGCGCCAAAGUUUCAGAUCAACUCUGAAGAUGCCGGACUUUUGUGCUGCAUAUGGAUGUUCGAACGAAAGAAAUGAAAAAACCAAACAGCAAGGGAUAACAUUUCACAGAUUCCCAAGUGAUAAACAGAGGCGUCAGUCAUGGGCAAUAGCACUCAGGAGAGAGGGGUUUGAGCCAAAAGGUCGCACCGUACUGUGCAGCUGUCACUUUCGGCCUGAAGAUUUUGAUAAGACUGGACAGACAGUCCGUUUACGGCAAGGAGCGAUCCCAUCCAUUUUCAAGUUUCCUGAUCAUCUUCCAAAGCAGCCUAGUUUAUCAAGGUUAAGCAGCACGUCAAACAAGGCAACUGAAGAAUCUCCACAGCCAAGUUCUAACAUGCCUGUCAUGGGAUUUGUAGGACAAGACCUCGUUCAUAAGUCAAUCUCUGAUCAUCAGUAUGCCCUUGAGCCAGUGAAAGCAAAAGAGAAGUUGGCCGUGUAUCAAGAGAACAUGGAGAAGUUACGACGGGACUUGAGAAAUGCGAAGGACCGGGAAAGGAGACAAAAGAAGACAGUGAGCUCCUUGUUGGAGGAUUUGAAAAAAAACAAAAUGCUAACAGAGGAACUGUUACAAAAUAAACCAGUACAAUUCAAAUGUUUUAAUUAAAAUGUUUCCGCUUUGUUUUUUUAAUUCAUGCCUUUAUUAAUUUAAAAUUUGCUCUAUUAUUUAUCUAUUUAUUUAUUUUUUGUAUAUACUUUAUUUGAUAUUCAUGUUUUUUUUCAUAUCACUAUCAGCAUCCUUGUAAUUGUUUUGUACAUUGUAGAACUAAUUAAUUAGUUAUGUAGUUGUGUCUAAGUAUUGUGUUGUAUAUAUCACAUAUUUAUGAUAGAACAAAGAUUAAUUAAAUAUUUUACUUAUAUCCUAUGAGUAAAAUAAUUAAUUAAUCUAUGUUCUAUCGUAAAUAUAUGUCUGACAUUUAUAAUAAACCAAACGGCUUGAAAAUCGGUUGAAAAUUAAGCAAAUUAAGAUCAUUUUAAUCGUUGAUAGUUCUCUGCCAAUGUUAACUAAUGCAGAGUAGACACGGCUUCCCCCGACACAAGAUGGCAGCCGCGCUGACGCAUCAUUUCUAUGGACAGCAGUGUCGGAGGCGACAAUCUAGUCAGUAUAUAUAUCUAUGGGUGUACCCUGCCUCAUGCUUUAAGCCUCCUGGGAUAGCCUCCAGGUUUCGGCAACCCUGAAUACAGAGAUAUACGGUAUAGAAGAUGAGUGAAUAAGAAGUCUAACAUUGUUGUCAUGGCAACCCGCUUUGUUGGGGAAAGUGAGACUUCUGCAUCUUCUCUGUCAGUAAACAUCAUGUCUCCUGUGAGGUGUCAUGAUCCAAAUGUGCAAAGUAUUCUAAAGUUUAAUAAAAGUCAUUUGCUUACCACCAACCGUUGCAGACCUUUAAAUAAUAGGUUUGAGAACCCCUGCUUUAUAAUGCUUAUGGUAGCCAUUUAAAGAACAAUGAGACCUGAAGGGGUACAUACUGUACCUACACUGUCUGGCCAAAAGAAUGUCACACACCCUAACAUUACAUUUAGUUGGUGUUUUGAACUAUCCCCUCAUAGAUGGAUAAAUAUGAAAAAAAGUAAAUUUAUCACCCUACUCCAGAAUAGACUUUUUUUUUAAUUCAUAGUAAAAAUCUUGCAGUUCCUCUAUUAUCCUGCAGGUGGUGAUCUAAGCUAUUCACACAUUGGGCAUGCAGCAGCCCAUGUGGUAGGAGCAGCUGGAUUUGUUUAGAAUUGUAAGAAAAAAAGAAGAAAAAUAGAAACAAGUUUAAAAAACAAGAAUUCUUUACUAAAGAAGUAAAAGUGCAGCAGCUUUGUAAGAACCGAAUAAAUACAAAUCCUUUUUUGUCAUAACAGAUUUGCUUUCUCAGAGGAUUAACGUCAUGUCUGCGAAACGCUUGGCUUCAGCCUGUGCCUACAGUGAUACACUGAGUAAAGGAUACCAAAGCGACUAUUUGUUGAGAGGAUGCAUUAUGUCAUGCUGUUAAAUAGAUUAUAUAAGUCAUGAGUGGACUUUUAAGAUGCAGUUGAGACUUUGGGCCCUCUGCAUAUGUCUUGCUCUGAUUGUCUCGCUCUCAAUCAGGGGGAAAAAACAGGGUCAUAAUCAGAGCCUUUGACUUAAGUUCAGAAUAUACAAUAGUUACACAAGGAAAAGGAUUUAUAUUCAGAUUAUGCUCUGGAGUUGUUUUACUUGAUUUCCUGCAGGGCCAAUAACAUAUUCAUAAGGAUUAAUAAAAUUAUCUCUGUGCAGGUCACACCUCAAAGUUGCAGUUGAAUACAUCGAACAUAUAUUUAGUUUAAUGUAAGAUUUAGAGGUAGAAAAAGAUCCAGAAUGGCUAAAAUCACGGUUAAAUGUUUGUGAUCAUGUAGUUUUAAUGUCAAACCACAUUCUGCUUUCAAAAAGAUAUUGGCAUU